GACAAUGGGUAUCAGAGGACUUAUGUAUUAUAUGAACGAAGAGCUUGAUGUUAUGGAAAGCUACAAAUUGCGCAACUGCAAUGUUAUUUUUGAUGGCAAGAAUUUGGCUCAUUUCCUUCACAAUGAAUGCAGAGGCAUUAAUGUGUCCUUUGGAGGAGACUUUGAUAAAUAUUCCAGCUUUAUUCAGAAAUAUUUUGAAGCGUUACAGACAUGUGGAAUAAAACCUCUUGUUGUGAUGGAUGGAGGACAGCCUCUAGAUGGGAAAAAAUUGAAGACUGCUCAAGAAAGAGCUGAGUGUCAGAUAAUAAGAUGUCUUUCAGUGGAACCAGCUAACCAGUUCACUGAUAAAAUUUUUCCUCCCAUUUGUCUGCAAGUUUUUAUUACAACAUUACGCAAUAUGGAUGUUCUCAUUCUUCAAGCAGAUUAUGAAGCUGAUGAUGAAAUUGCUGCCAUUGCCAGAGAACUUGGUUGUAUUGUCAUCAGUGAAGACACAGACUUUUUUAUGACUGAUGUAGAACUUGUUCGUUUAUCUUCAGUUAGUUACAAGUUCAUGUCUAAGAAGAAAUACAUACCAUGCCGUCGUUUUAACAGAGAUGCUUUUUGUAAUUCUACAGGUGUGAAUAAGGCACAUUUGCCAUUGCUUGGAACCCUGUUGGGCAAUGACUAUGUGGACAGAGAGGCUCUUGCUAAAUUUCACAAGAGGGCAGCAUUUGAAAUGAGCUGCUAUAAGCCAAAAUGUGGCAUUGCUCGUGCCUUGACUAUUAAAUCAGUCAUUCGUUGGAUGGCGAAGAGAAAAACUAAAACUUUAGACCAGGUUAUUGCAGAGGCUGUUGGGAAAGACUGGAAUUUAAAGAAGAAAAUACUCAGAUCUAUAAAAGGAUAUACUUUGCAAAAACCUUUUCUUCUGGAUUGCAUCCCAUUCAGGACAUGCACCAAAGAUGUGAAGAAUGAGGUAGAUCAACAAGAAAGUCAGACUAGAAGCAUUGAAUAUACCUUUGAAUCAAAGAAACAUGGAUCUUUGGAAACAUCUACCCAAAUCAGAAUCAGAACUGCUCUUGUUCUGAAGAAUGGGGAAGCUCCUCCACACUGGUUUAUUAAAGCAUAUAGGGAGAACAGAAUCCCUCAUGAGGUGGCUGAUAUCCUCACUCAGGGUUACUUCUUCUCACCUGCACAGGUGGAAUGCAUAUCAUCAGUUUCAUCGUAUCUAGUAGUUGAGCCAGUUGUUCGUUUGGUGUAUACAUUUUUAUGGAGAGGAUGCCAGACUGAGGAGAAGCAACUACACAAAAAAUUUGCAAAGAUGGAAAGUUGUUCAAAUGAGAUGGAACAUUUGAGUGUAGGUAAUGAUGAUAAUGACAAUGGGUCAGAUAAAAAGUUAGAAAGUAAGUCUUUUAAUGAAUCCAGCUGUGAGAAUUCUUCUACAAACAUUAUAGAUUCAUGUUCUAAAGGUGGGUCAAAUUCGGGAAAGGAAGAAAGACUAUGUUGGUAUAUUCGAAAAAAAAAAUCUCUUUGGUCUAAGCAUCUGAGUUUUUAUAAAGGUGAUUUAGUUAAUCAGUUACCUACACUGAAGGAUGUGGGUUUGAUGACCAGUAAAGAAAGGAAAGUUCUUUUUUAUAAGAUGGUGCAGUUGAGAUGUGAAGUAAAAGAUGAAGAUUAUCCUGCUGACAUAGAAUUAAUUUUGAAUAUCAUCAAAUAUUGGUACAAAAACACCAAAGAGAGUUUGCAGGAAUGCCAUGCUUUGACUGUGCUUGUUAGUUUUUUCCUGUUUUAUAUAAUAGAUGGUAAAAUUGGGCGUGUGAGAACUUGGAAAGGAUUUGAAAAUGUUGAGUUGUGUAAAGAGAAAUUGUCACAGUUGCAGGAUUCAGCCUAUUGUAAAUCAGAUUUGAAUGAAAAAGAUUUGAUUGCAAAUAUAUCAUAUGAAGAGUGCUUAAUUGCAGGGAGUGCUCUGUUCAGAUAUCACCAUAUUGACAAAACAAUGAGCAAAAAGAAGUAUAAAAGGAAAGUUGUUCAUGAUUUCAGUGAAUAUCAGUCAUGUAUGUAUUUCUUUCAACUUUUGAACAGCUUGUUAUGUUUCCCAUUCCCUUUCCUUAGUGUUGAGUAUCUUUGGGGAGGUACCUUUGGAUACAAUGUUUUCAUCAAAUUUAGUGGUUCUGCAGAUCGUCUUUCGAUUGCUAGAGAGAUUUUUGGACAGGGUACUUGUUUAGAAAGAUUAUUUUGCAUGACAUUCAGUAAACUGGAAAAUGUCUUAAAAUUCUCAAAGCCACCAGUUGAUAAACAUGACAGAAUAAACAGCAAUAGCUUUGAAAGGGAAAGUGAGAAAACUGAAAAUCAGAUGAAAAAUACUGUAGGAGAAAAUCCAUCAGAAGAAAUGGAAGUAGACAGGGUAGAAGAGGUCAAGGUAAAAGUUAAAUCCAUUAAAAAUCAUAACCUUGGUAACAACCGUUUUUCAAUUUUUGUGGACUCAGAAACUGAUGAGGAUAGUAAAGGAGAAAUUGAUGAGGAUAGUAAAGGAGAAAUUGAUGAGGAUAGUAAAGGAGAAACUGAUGAGGAUAGCUAAGGUAGCAUUAUGGUCUUCAAUGUUAUUUUAAUGUUUGUGAAUACUUGAUGCCAUUUGUGGUAUUGUACAGUUUGUUGUAAAUUUGUACUUCAGCAGUUUUUAAAUUAAAUUUUAGUAGGUUUGUUA